UUUACUCUCCCAAUUUGCUAAUUGCAAACAACCCUCUUUCUAUGAACUCCUCUCAUCAGAUUCUUCGCCAAUUCACUUGCACAGAUUUGGGGUUUUGGAUCUUGAGUUAGUCACGAAAAGAAAGGCAUUUCUUUGGCCUCUCUUUGCACCCUCUUUGUGCUGUGUUUCCACUUUCCAGAUCGUUCUUGGGAGUUAAAUUGUGAGCUUUUAAGUUCACAUCCUUGUGGCUGAGAGGGACUAUCAUGUUGAUUCUCUGUCGUUUCCCAGAGUUUUGCUCUUUCUCUUCAGGUACUGUACUUAUGGCAUCGGCUUAAUUGCAGGUAAAUAUCUUGUUUGAAAGAUAAUUUUAGGGUUUGGUUCGUGCGUUCUUGGUUUUCUAUGAAAUGUGUUUUGGAAGUUGAGAUUGAAGGCGUGGUUAGUUUUUAGUUCAAUUACUGAUUUGGGGGUUUUCAAGGAAGCAUUGGAUUUGAAAGGGUUAUACUUUUCACGGAUAAAAAUUGAAGCUUUGUUGGGGUAAAUUAAAGGAGACAUCCAUGAGUUCAUCUGGGUUUUUCCUUCUCUGUAUGCUGCAUUCUUUGGUGGCCUUAAGCUGUGGAGCUUUGAUGAUGUUCUACAGCAAUGAUUUGCUUGUGUUUAGCCAUGGCAGAGAGCGUGCCAGCAAGCUGUUGGGAUCAACAUCUCAUGAUCAGCUCAUAAUCCAAACCUCGGAUUCGUUCUCGGGAUUACUCCUGUUUGCCAUUGGAUUUUUCUUGUUCAUGGUUGCAUUUGUGAAGGACAGGGACUUCCAUGGCUUCUUUGCUAGGGGGUGUGUGCUUCUCCAUGUAGCUAUGGCGGUUUGGAGGAUUUACUUCGAGAGGAGGCUCGAGGAUCUUGGCCGUGAUUGGCUCAGGCUCGUAGUUGGGGAUCUCGCCUUGGGGCUAUCCUGGGUUUUCUUCCUCGUGUUCUCUUGGAGAGAGAAGUAUGAUUAGCCCGGGCUGAGAAUCAAUCGCAAUUGGAUAUCUCGGAUUUUGCUCAAUCUGCAUUGCUCGAUGAAAUCGCCAGUGCUAACUGUGCUACAUGUAAUGAAAUUGCUGGUGAAUCUGAUGAUAUGAUUGCUUGAUUUGGAUCCUUUUGUGUAUCUUCUCAGCCUUAAAAGUUUUAGUUACAUGGAGGGUUCGGAGAACAGGUUAAACCCCAGAUUUAUCUGUCUUCUUUUGAGCAUAUUCAGGAAUUUCAGAUAUGAUUCAGCCAUGGAAAGCCUUCUUUCAAGGUCUUUUAGAAACAACUUUUAAAUUUUAAUUACAUUCCUGAACAAACGAAACAUAUAUGCUUGACUUGUUUUCUGGUUUUGAAGUGUAAAGUAUUGUCAUUCACCACCUGAUUGACUUUCUUGUACAUUUUAUCAAAGAAUAAAAGUUCCCGGUACCUUUUCCGAUACAUUAAGUUA